GCCGGCUCGGAGGGGCUGCGAAAUGCAGCCGCCGGGCCCGCCCCCGGCCUAUGCCCCCACUAACGGGGACUUCACCUUUGUCUCCUCAGCAGACGCGGAAGAUCUCAGUGGUUCAAUAGCAUCACCAGAUGUCAAAUUAAACCUUGGUGGAGAUUUUAUCAAAGAAUCUACAGCUACUACAUUUCUGAGACAAAGAGGGUAUGGCUGGCUUUUGGAAGUUGAAGAUGAUGAUCCUGAAGAUAACAAGCCACUCUUGGAAGAACUGGAUAUCGAUUUAAAGGAUAUUUACUACAAGAUCCGAUGUGUUUUGAUGCCAAUGCCAUCACUUGGUUUUAAUAGACAAGUGGUGAGAGACAAUCCUGACUUUUGGGGUCCUCUGGCUGUUGUUCUUUUCUUUUCCAUGAUAUCAUUAUAUGGACAGUUUAGGGUAAGUAUAUCUUAUUUUUUACAAAUUCUAAAUAUUUUUAAAGUUUCAAAAAUUAAAUAUAGUCAUGUUGCAUAUGGCCAAGUUCUUGGAGUUAUAGGAUAUUCAUUACUUCCUCUCAUUGUAAUAGCCCCUGUACUUUUGGUGGUUGGAUCAUUCGAAGUGGUAUCUACGCUUAUAAAACUGUUUGGUGUGUUUUGGGCUGCCUACAGUGCUGCUUCAUUGUUAGUGAGUGAAGAAUUCAAGACCAAAAAGCCUCUCCUGAUUUAUCCAAUCUUUUUAUUAUACAUUUAUUUUUUGUCCUUAUAUACUGGGGUGUGAUCCAAGUCACACAUGAGUAGAAAAGGAUGGUGUCACAUUUGUGUGUAGCCUGGGAAUUCUUGCUGAAGGGAUUGGAGAAAACCUGUUGCUGGUAAAAUUAUACUUGUUCCAGAUGUAAAGGCAGGUUUAAGGUCUUUUCAAAACGAUGUUUUUGUAUUUAAUUAAAGAAUUGCAGUUAUCUGGGAUUUUUUGGUCAGAAUUCUAAAUUCUGUUUGAUUCUUCAUAUUCCAGUGAAUAAAAUAUAAAAGUGUUGUUUUUUUAAGAUUGUGUCAAUAUUCACCUAAAACCUUGUGCCAAAAACACCUGCAUUGGUAAUUAUAUUUCAUGUGAAGGGUAAAUUGGACAACUCCUGAUAAUCUAAAAGUGCAAUUUUUUUUUUCUUUAAAUAGUUUUCUCCUGAGUCACAGAUUCUGUAGAUAUAUAUUUAUAUUUAAUACGUAUAUAUUUAUUAAAUAAUUCUUAUUAUCCACAAAAUAUAUUUCCAAAUAGUGUAAAAUUAAGAUAUUAAAUCUGAUGCUUAAACUUUAAUUAGGCCAUUAAUCUUUUUUAUUUAAAAUUUUUAAUUUUUUAAGAAUUGUAUAUAAUUUAAAAAAUCUCAUACAUGCUUCAGUACUUCCAUGUUAAAAAUUCUUAAUAAUAACUGCUAAAACUAAUUUUCAUAGUUGCUGGUUUAGAUUUGGUUUGGUUGGGUGUGAUUUUUAAAACCAUUUUUGAAUGUCCAAACAUCUGAUUUAAAGUUUCUGUUAAUCUGUCUGACCAAAGGAACAAGAGGUAUAAUGAUAAGGCACUUAUUAAAAUCAUUAAUAUGUAGAAAAACAGUAAUAUUUAGAGCAUCAGUAAAUAUUUUUAAGUGUUACUCCUAAAUCAGAAAAGUUGUGGGAAAGAGACCUUUAAAAUCUUGUAGUCCUGAGCAAUGUUAUAUAAAGUAGAAGGAAAUAAAAUGCUUCCCAGCUGUGUGUUUUGUUUUAUAACACUUUGUCCUGUAUUACUUGAUAUUUUAAUGAGUCUCUGGUACUCUCUAACAAAUGUACAAUAUUUGCUAAGAGAAAUUUGUAUUAGUGAAUUUUUUGUUACUAAUAAUUUCAUAGGUUCUGUAAUUGGUAUUACUUUGUAAAAUAGAUAAAAUAUUUUAUUUAUGUCCAUAAAAUAACAAAUACCUAUUAA